CAAUUUAUUAUUGACAUACCAUCUAAUAUGCAAUUCAAGAAUCAUCAGUUUUGCUCAUUACGGCAGUCACCACUAAUGUAGGAUACAACUCUGUAUUGAUUCCACGUGCGAGUGUUUAAAUAAAAAUUAUAUUUCCUUGAUUCAUUCCUCAUUCUCCUAAAAUAAUUAAUUUUUCAAUAUAUUCUUCACAUUUCAUAAUUAAAGUUAUGGCAAAAGUAAAGAAAAACAAAAAAGCACUAGCGGAUCAAGUAUACUCGAAAAAAACCAAUGGAGCAAAACAAGCAAACCCUUUUGCAUCAGCUAAACCGGCAACAUCAAAUCGGCUAAAUCCAUUUGAGGUACAUGUAAACAAAGAAAAGUUUCAAAUUCUGGGACGCAUUUGCAAGCAUGAUAAAGGUUUACCUGGUGUAUCACGCGCGAAAGCCGUUAGGAAACGUAAAGAAACACUUGCUGUUGAAUAUCAAAAUAAGCACAAAACCAACAAAUUUCGUGACCAAAGAAUAGGCAGAUUUCAGAACAGUGAUCAAUUGAGUGAAGAUGUUAUAAAUGCACGUUUUGUGGCAGCAAGAGUAGAGCAGCUCAAACAAAGUAAAGCGUCCAGGUUUAACUUAAAUGACGAUGAUAUUUUGACACAUCGAGGUCAAACAUUAGAGGAGAUCGAACAUUUUCGAGACGAACGUUCUGACGAUGAAGAUUUGGAGGAUGAUAAAUUAAAUGCUGAGUUCACUGGAGCUGCUCAUUUUGGUGGAGACUCCGAACUGUCAAAAGAUCGGCAGUCGGCGAUAGAAGAUAUGAUAGCAGAACAAAAACGAAAGAAAUUGGAAAUAGCUAAAGAAAAAGACGAAAUAUAUAGCUUAACAGAAAAAUUAGAUUCAAAUUACAAAGAGUUACUCGGAUUAGUGGAUAAAUUAUCUAAAAAAGAGAUGCUUGAAAAGUCUAAACCAGAUGAUUAUGAUAAGGCUUUGAAGGAAAUGAUUUUUGAACCUAGGGGAGCAGUUUCUGAUAAACUUUUGUCCGAAGAAGAUUUAGCUAAGCAAGAAAGAAAGAGAUUAGAAGAAUUGGAAAAAGAGCGACUAAAACGAAUGCAUGGAGACGGAGAAAUCGUCGAUGUUAAUAUAAAACAGACUGAACAUCGUUCAGCCGAUGCGCUAGAUGAUGGUUAUUUCGGUUAUUCGGUCGAAGAAGAAGAUGAAACGUUAGCAUAUACUCUAGAUGGUGAGUUGGGAACGAAAUUGAUGGAAAAUGUUUCCAAGGGAUUGGAGGAAGAAUCGGUCGAACUCGGCGAAAAUGAGGAAGAGAGUGAAGAUGACAAAGAUGAUGAAAACUCAGAAGAGGAAUCAGAAUAUGAAAAUGACUCCAAUAAAGAAGAAAAUGACGAUGAUAAUUUAAGUGACUUGAAAGUAACUGACUCCGAAUCUGAAAGAGGAGAUCUUGAAAAAAAUGUGCAUUCAAAAAAAAAUGUACACAUUAAAACUGCUGAAAGUAAAAAUGACAAUAUGCCGAAUGCACAAAUUAGUGAAAAUGAUGACUUACCAUAUAUGAUGGAUAUUCCUGAUAAUUACGAGGGUUUCAAUAAAUUGCUGUAUAAGCGUAAACCGGAGGAACAGGGUAUCAUUAUUGAGCGCCUUAUAAAAUGUAAUCAUCCAAAGCUAGAUGGAAUAAACAACAGGGAUAAUAUUAGCAAACUGUUCGACUUCCUUUUGCAGUAUGUAAAUGAAUUAUUUGCUGACGCUACUCAAGACGACAUACAAAUACAAUUCAAAAUAUUGGAUAUUCUCAAUCCUCAUAUGUACGAUCUAGUCCAAAUGAUACCAGAUAAACUGUCAAAUACGUUGUUGGACGUUAUCAAAGAAAAAUACAAUAAUUAUAUAAAGAAUAUUAAAUUGUUUCCUCCACUAGAGACGCUUAUAUUUUUAAAGCUUGUAUCAAAUUACUGCAGCACAUCAGACUUUCGACACGCAGUAGUUACACCCUGUUAUAUUUUUAUACAACAUGUCUUAUCGAAGGCACGUAUAAGGACGAGGCAGGAGGUAGCAGGUGGUUUAUUUUUGGUAACAAUUUGUUUUGAAUUUUCUCGUUUGUCAAAACGUUUUUUACCAGCAGCAUUGAAUUUUUUACUUGGCAUUGUAUAUUUGAGUAUACCAAAACGACCUGUCGAAGUGUUACGAAUUGUGCCACCAUUUCAGAGUACAGGACCGAUGAGCAAACUUUUGGCUAUUGCUGAAAUUGAAGAGAAAGAGAUAUUAAUUGAGGAGUUAUUGAAAUCAGACGACUUAGUUUUGACUACAUUUUCCAUUGACUUUAAAAUUCGUGCUUUGAAUAUAGCACUGAGACUAAUAAAAGACAUUAUUUCUAAUCUCGAAGAAAAUAUUGGUUCGAACUAUUUUGCAAUACCCAUUUUGGAGUUAUUUGAUCGCGUACAUUUAGAUAUAUAUCCCGAAUUCGUGCACACGAAUUUCAAAGCAGCCAAAUCGGUAUUAGAAAGGGUUUCUAAGAAAAAAUUAACUAAAAUUGUACCGCCUGAAAAGAAACCCAAAGCACUACGACUUCUUGAGCCGCGAAUUGAAGUAAUUUACGAUGACAAACGUCGUCCACGAUUAACGAAGGAUAAAGAGGAAAGGGUCAAAUUGGUACAUAAAUUACGUCGUGAAACUAAAGGUGCUAUAAGAGAAAUCAGAAGAGACACUGAGUUCUUACAAAAGAUGCGUAUAGAACAACAAAUUCAAAGUGACAUGGAGCGCAAAGAGAAGGUGAAACGUAUUUAUCAAGAAGCUUCGAUUCAACAAGGUGAACUUAACGAGCUAGAUCGUAUUAAAAAGAAAAGGAAGUUCUAGAUAAUCUAAAAUUUAUUGUACAUAGACUAUUUUUUAUUUAAUGUAUUUAAUUUUAUAAUUGAGUUACGGUUUACAUGAAGUCACAGUUAAGCGAAUAAAAAAUUAGAUUCUUUUAAUAA